AUGCAGCAGCGGGCCGUCCGAGCCGGGCUGCCGCCGGGCGCCGUCGCGGCGUUUGCGACCGCGUCAGACGCGGUCGGCCAGGAGCCCACGUGCACGCGAUGCCGCAUCGAGCCUCUGAGCGGCGAGGCCGCUGACGCGCUCUCGGACGUCCUGCUCAGCUUUGGGGCCCAGUCAGUGGUGGUGGAGGAGUAUCGCGCGCCUGGGGCGCCAGAGCAGGAGGUGUUUGGCGCCGAGUCGGGCCUGUGGGACACCUGCAGCGUGGUGGCGCACUUCCCCCUGGAGCACGACGCAGACGCGACGCUGGUGAUCGCGCGCGACGUGCUGCGGGAGGUCCUGGGGGAGACCGGCGAUGGCCAUGAGGGGGACGUUGGCAGCAGCGGCAGCGGCGGCGGCAGCGGCGGCGGCAGCGGCGGCGGCAGCGGCAGCAGCGGCGGUGGUGGUGGGGAUUGGGGGUGGAGCUACACGCUGGAACCGGUGGUGAACACUGAGUGGGUUGAGCAGAUCAAGGCCAGCUACGUGCCGCUCCAGGUCCUGCCAGGGCUGUACAUAGUGCCCACGUGGUCACAGCCCGAGGACCCAGCAGCCAUGAACAUAACCCUGGAGCCCGGCGUCGCAUUCGGAACAGGCGAGCACCCCACGACGCGGCUGUGCCUGGGUCACCUCUGGUCGCUCCGGGAGGAGCUGCCCGGCAGCCGCGUGGUCGACUACGGCUCUGGAUCGGGGGCCGUGGGCACGGACACAGACCCCCUCGCUGUUAAGGCGGCCGCGCGCAACGCGGAGCUGAACGGGCAGGGGCCCCGCUUUGUGUCGCUGCAGUGCUCGCCGGACCUGGCGGGGCCGGAGCCCCUGGGGGAGGCCGGCCUGCCUGCUGCCGGCGCAUACGACCUGGUGGUGGCCAACAUACUGCGCGGCCCCCUGCUGGAAUUGGCGCCCCGCCUGUCGGGGUACGUCCGGCCGGGGGGCAGGCUGGCGCUGUCAGGGCUGCUGGCGGAGCAGGUGCCUGAUGUGCAGGCGGCAUACUCGGCUGCCUUUGACGGGUUCGAGGUCUGCACGGACGGCUCUUGGGCGCUAGUGACGGCGCGGCGACGGCUGCAAGACUAA